GUGACCUUCACAUGAUGAAGCCGUGUAUUUAUAUCCACUAGUGCGAUUGUUUAUCUCAGUUCUGAAUUUAAAUACUACCUUUUUGCAUCCUUCUUCAAAACGUGUUAGAUUUUUACGUUCAAGGCUCUUAGUUUAAAUAUUUCUUGUUUUAUUUUCGAAAAAAAAAGUUGAGUGUAAACGUCAGUGACAAUGUCAAGGGAAAGGGCAAACAGAAGAUUCUACAGGGUAGAAUCAACCACAAAUUUAUUGUCAUGCUUGGACAGAGGUUUGACUGCUGAACAGGAAAACCGUUGGACCUUUGAAAUAGCAUGGGAAGCAGCCAACAAAGUUGGUGGCAUUUACACUGUCAUCAGAUCGAAAGCCUAUGUCUCGACCGAAGAAAUGGGCGACCAAUACUGCCUUAUGGGCCCCUACAAGGAGCAUUGUGCACGCACAGAAGUAGAAGAAGGUCCAUUGGGGUGUGAAUCUCUCAAUAAGGCCAUCGAGGCAGUUAGGAACAAAGGAUUCAGAGUAAUUACUGGAAGAUGGUUGGUUGAUGGUAAUCCACAGAUAAUUUUAUUUGAUAUUGGAUCUGCAGCGUGGAAAUUGGAUGAAUAUAAACAAGAGUUGUGGGAAAAAACUAACGUAGGAGUUCCUCAUUUGGAUAUAGAAGCUAACGAUGCUAUUAUUUUGGGUUGUAUGGUUGCUGAAUUUUUAGGAGAAUUCAGAAAAACCUCAGAAGAUUAUGGUGGAGGUACCCCUCCGCGGAUAGUUGCCCAUUUUCACGAAUGGCAAGCUGGAGUUGGUCUCAUUAUGAUCAGAAUCAGACAUAUCAACGUUGCUACUGUCUUCACCACGCAUGCUACACUUUUAGGAAGAUAUCUGUGUGCUGGUAACACAGAUUUCUAUAAUAAUCUCAGUACAUUUAGUGUUGACGAAGAGGCUGGAAAAAGGCAAAUCUAUCACCGAUAUUGUAUAGAAAGGGCAGCAUCUCAUCUGGCUCACAGUUUCACAACCGUAUCUGAAAUUACAGGUUAUGAAGCCGAACAUUUAUUAAAGAGAAAACCUGACGUUAUAACUCCGAAUGGUCUCAAUGUUAAAAAGUUCUCGGCUCUUCACGAAUUUCAAAAUCUCCACGCUCUUUCCAAAGAUAAAAUACACGAAUUUGUUCGAGGCCACUUCUAUGGACACUACGACUUUGACUUGGACAAAACGUUAUACUUUUUCAUUGCUGGACGCUACGAAUUCGGUAAUAAAGGGGCUGAUAUUUUCAUUGAAGCUUUAGCCAGACUGAACCACUAUUUAAAGAGCACCCAUCCAGACAUCACUGUGGUAGCUUUCAUGAUUUUCCCGGCAAAAACGAAUAAUUUCAACGUAGAAUCUCUUAGAGGACACGCAGUUACUAAAGCUUUGAGAGAUACUAUCAAUGAUAUUCAAAAUAAAAUCGGAAAACGGAUGUAUGAGCGUUGUUUGAAUGGCCGAUUACCAGAUGGUAACGACUUGUUAGAAAAAGAAGAAUUGGUCAGACUGAAGAGAUGUAUUUAUUCUUUACAACGGGACGGUCUACCGCCAGUCACUACACACAAUGUGCAAGACGAUUGGAACGAUCCUGUCCUAAAUUCAGUCAGGAGGUGCAGUUUAUUCAAUACUACACACGACAGAGUUAAAAUUGUCUUUCAUCCUGAGUUCCUUAGUUCUACGAAUCCACUGUUCGGUCUCGAUUAUGAAGAGUUCGUAAGGGGUUGCCACUUAGGCGUGUUUCCCAGUUAUUAUGAACCGUGGGGAUACACUCCUGCCGAGUGUACCGUAAUGGGUAUUCCAAGCAUCACUACAAAUUUAUCAGGUUUUGGAUGUUUCAUGCAGGAACAUAUCAUGGACCCUAUGUCCUAUGGAAUCUACAUAGUGGACCGUAGAUACAUCGGUCUCGAAGAUUCCGUCAAACAGUUGGCUCAAUAUAUGUACGACUUCGCUAGGCUCAGUAGAAGACAAAGGAUAAUUCAAAGGAAUCGUACUGAAAGACUUAGCGAUCUUUUGGACUGGAGGAACUUGGGAGUGUACUAUCGUCAAGCGCGGAUGAAAGCCUUGCACAAAGUAUUUCCGGACUACAAAGAAGAAAUGGAAUACGGUCUCGAAUUCAAAUAUCCCAGACCCAUUUCCGAGCCACCAUCUCCUAGUUCCAGUAAAGUAACGACUCCAGCUGCUUCGGUGCAUGGAUCUGAUGACGAAGGAGAUUCUGUGGACUCGGAAGCAGAGCUGGAAGAACUUAGAAGAACUCUAUAGAAAUAAUGCCAUAUGUUACAGAAUACACUUAAAUAAUUAAAGAAACUAUAUGCAUUGGCAUAGGACCUACAAUUGUACGGGGUUAUUAAUAAAAAAUUGGUAUUAUUUUAUCUACAGAUUCUAUUCGAGAAAAUAUUAAUUUUUUUGUUAAAAACUGGGCGUAGUUGCCAAUAUUACACAAUUGUUGAUUUACAGUUGUUGACUCACAAUUUUAGACCUAGCGAGUAUUUUGGAAUUCUUUGUGUCUGACGAUGUUUGUGCAUGACGAGUUUUAUGGGGUCCAGUAUUAGAUACAAUAAGUUAAAGUUACACAAAUAAUUCACUAGCAUUGUUAUCCUUUCAGUUAUCCUAGCUUCCACACUUCCAUUAUAUAGUUUUAAAUAAAUUACUAUUUAACUGGGAAUAAACCACAAUUAAAGAUAAAAAUACGUUUAUUGACGUUUCAAUUUCCACUUCGGAAAUCGUU